AUGCAGGAUCUAUAUUGUUUAUGGAUUAUUUUCAAUCUUUAUUUCUUUUUACUUAGCUUUAGUUUUCUUUCAAUAAUUCUAUUUUUUGUUUUGUUUUUUAGCAAUUUUAUCUUUAUUUUUUCUGCAAAUUUUAGCAUAGCUACUUGAUCAACUCUAUCUGUAUAUAAUAUCGAAGACAAUAAAAUAGACCAAUGCAAUAAUUAUAAUUUAAAAAAAAUAAAGCUCUCACUUCUUUGACUACUUUCAACAUAUUCAAUUUCUCGAUUUUAA